CAGUGCGCUGUUGUCGCUGCGGUAGGUGCUUCGCUAGCACGUUUUUUUUGUUUUGUGCAUUUUGGCUUGGUUUUUGGUCUAGAGCAUUUUCGAAUGAAACAACACCAUUUUGCUGGCCGUUUUCCUCGUUUUUGUUUCGUGUGCCUGUUCCUGUAAUUUAAUAAUGUGCGGUGUGUGCGCGUGCGAGUGGUUUUUCCUGUUAUUGGAAAAUAUCGAAAAUGAAUUCGUGACGGGAAAGCUGGCCAAGCUGGGAGCAGGGAAAGUGGCCGGGUGGCCUGAUGUCCCGUCGUCCGAAUGUCCUGGCCAUAAAUCGAGCGACGAAUCAACAAAUUAGGGGUUGUCCUGGUCGCGCGCGAGUGUUUUUCACGGUGUCUGUGUGUGUCUGCUACACGGAAACGAUUCGGGGAUGCUUUUUAAAGGAUUUUUAAUAAACUAUAUAGAUUAGUUUUUUUUUGUGCCUAACGUGUGGUUGUGUGUGUGGGACCUGGCCAGUUGAAUCACCUGAUGGUGAACACAUGACCCAAUUCCGUCAGCAUCCUGGCCAGCUUAGUCAGGACCAGAACCUGAACCGCGCUUAGAAAACCACCCCGGGAACCUUAACCCUCGAACGCAAAGUGCCGAGCCAAGUGCCUCACCCUUAACCCUUAGCCAAGCACUUGCCUGGCUUCCUGCUUCCGCAUUCUAAUUAGAUUGCAAUCAUUUCACAAUUUGAUUGCCAGCCGCCUUGAUGAACCACCCAUACCACUUACCACUUGCCACUUGCCACUUGCAGCGCCUCCAGCUCCACGGACCGCGCCCCCUAGCCUGUCCGCCCACCAAUCUGUCAGCCUGCCAAUCAGCCAUUCCGCCAACCCGCCAGCGGAAUGGACCAGCUGUGCUACCUGGCGCUGAGCGUCCUACUGGCCAUCAUCGUGGUCUACGGCCUCCUGGAACUCCACUACUUCCUGCGCAUGUGCCUCUGUGUCCUGCUCGCCCGCUUUGUGAAGAGGCGCUGCCACAUCCUGGACACCACCACGGUUAACGGACUCUGCCUCACCAACGACGUGGACACUUUGCUGUACCACAUGAACAACGCUCGCUACUUCCGCGAGCUGGACUUCGCCCGCGUGGACUUUUACGAGCGGACCAAUCUCUACCGCACCAUCACGGGCAUGGGCGGUUCCGUGUUCCAGGGGGCGGCCACCAUACGCUACCGUCGCUUCAUCCGCCCCUUUCAUCGCUUCAACAUUAUCUCGCGGAUUAUUUACUGGGACGAGCAGUCACUCUUCAUGGAGCAUCGAUUCGUGCGUCCGUCGGACAAGUUCGUGCACUGCAUCGCCAUCUGCCGGCAGCGGGUGAUCGACGUGUCCAUGGAGGCGGUGAUGUCGGAACUGCUGCCCAGGACCUCCUCCAACGGAUUCCGGGCGACGGUGCUGCCCUCGCUGGCUGCUCCCUCGCCGGCGGCUGGUGGAAUAAGCAAUCCCGCGAUGGACACUUCGCUGGCGGAGAACGGACAUGGGACGACGAGCGGGGGCGCGACGGGCACAGGCGCCACGCCCACCGCGACCACGGCGCACUGCCUCAAGCUAAAGCCCUCGCUGCCGCCGGAGCUGGCCAAGUGGAUAGAGUACAAUGAUAUGUCGAGCAAGAAUCUACGCAGUGGCUGCUGACUGGAAUCGUUGGAGUCGCCGGAAGCGGAUGCGCAACCGGAAACGGAAACGCCCAUUAAUGCGUUUGUUUUUUUUUUCGUUGUCUCGCGUGCUUGUGUGUUGUGUGUGUGAGUGUGCGUGCUAAAGUGUGCUAAUGUUUAAUGUCUAAGUGUGCACGUGGAAUGUUUGUACUGUAAGCUAUGUAAGGGUCUGAAAACAGAAAAAAACAAAUAAGAAAUACCCGCCCCCUUUUGGCCUUAACUAAUGUAUUGUAUAAUUGCCCAGAGAUCAGCCACGCCCCCACGAACAAUGAACUAAAAAUACAAAGAAAACUCCUUGGUAGUCCACAGUGUGUAAGCUAUGAUGUACAAUGAUUGUUUAGUAAAUGAACAAACUAAUGUGAAAAAAGAA